CAUAACUUGAAUACCACUUCUUUUCUUUUCUCUAAUGAACUCUGGUAACAUGCAAGACUUCUUCAAGGGAAAAACUAUUUUAGUUACUGGCGCAACUGGUUUCUUGGCAAAAGUUUUUAUCGAAAAAAUACUAAGGAUCCAACCAGAGAUACAUAAACUUUAUCUACUCCUAAGAGCUUCAAACUCUGAUUUGGCUGUACAUCGCUUGCAAACUGAGGUUUUUGAAAUUGAUUUAUUUCGCGUACUUCGAGGCAAUUUGGAUAAAGAUUUUAAUUAUUUCAUAUCAAAGAAGGUAGUAGCAGUUGCAGGAGAUGUUGCCAUUGAAAACUUUGGAAUAAAAGAUGAAAAUCUUAAAAAUGAGAUAUUUGAAGAGAUAGACAUACUUGUCCAUUCUGCUGCAACUACCAACUUUAAUGAAAGAUUUGACAUAUCUAUGGGAGUUAAUACAAAAGGAGCUUUACAUGCAUUGAACUUUGCAAAGAAUUGUCAAAAACUAAAGGUUUUUGUGCAUAUAUCCACCGCAUAUGUGUGCGGAGAUGCUAACUAUGAAGAUGGAAUUGUAAGAGAGAAAGCAUUUGACAUGGAUCAAUCUCUAAAAGGGAGUUCAAAAUUAAACAUACACAAUGAAAUGAAUUUGCUGGAGAAAAAAAUAGCUGAACUUCAAGCAAUGAAUGCAGAUGAAAAUACAACGAAAUUUGCCUUGAAAGAUUAUGGAAUUGAAAGAGCAAAUUUGCAUGGUUGGCCAAAUACAUACGUAUUCACAAAAGCAAUGGGAGAGAUGCUUUUAGUGCAUCAUAAAGAUAAUGUACGAUUGAUCAUUAUUCGUCCAACAAUGGUAACUAGUACAAUUCAGGAUCCCUUUCCUGGUUGGAUCGAAGGUCAAAGAACUGUUGAUAGUAUGAUAUGUGCCUUUGGCAAAGGGAAGCUACCAUGUUUUCUUGGCCAUCCCAAGACAGUUCUAGAUAUAAUCCCUGCUGAUUUGGUCAUCAAUUGUAUGAUCGCCGCCAUUGUGCUCAACUCAAAACACGCUCCUGAAAACUUCAUCUACAAUGUUUCUUCUUCAUUAAGAAAUCCUCUCAAAAUUUCUGAUGUACACAACAUUUCCCAUCAAUAUUUCAAGAAAAACCCUUGCCUAAACAAAAAUGGAAAGCCAAUAGUCAUCUCCAAAGGAAUUGCCUUGAAAAGUUUGGCUGCUUUCAACAUUUAUACAGAGAUCAAAUAUGUCAUGCCACUUAAGGUCUUAAACUUGGUGAACAAAAUGAGUUGUCAUUCCUACCAAGAUGCCUAUGAUGAUAACUUCAAGAAAAUAAGGAUUGUGAAACAACUUGCAAAACUGUACAAACCUUAUGUGUUUUUUAAGCUAAUAUUUGAUGAUACCAACACUGAAAACUUACGAAAGGAAACAAGGGGAUAUAAUAUGGAGAAUGAGAUACUAGAGUUUGACCCUAGUAGCAUUAAUUGGGAAGACUACAUGAUGAAUACACACAUUCCUGGUCUCAUCAAGUAUACAAUGAAGUGAUUUCAAAAUAAGUACUAGUUCAAAAUGGUUGGAAAUUUCACUUUAGAUCUUGUUAUUUGAAUAUUAUUAUUGAUAAUAUAUGGGCUGUUACUUCAUAAAGAUUAUCCAAAUAUAGAUUUAGAGAUAUUGCUCUUUAGAGCUUGUUGUUUGGAAAUAUUGAGAAUGGAUUGUACUAUUUGAUAAAUUACAAAGAUUUAAAUAUGAGUUUAGAUACAAGUCAAUUUAGAACUUAUUGUUUGAAAAACAAGAUCACGGGCACAUCACCGACAUGUGCUUCGCACGGAUGUACUAGAAAUAAAAUUAUAUAUUUUUUAAAAUAGUUUAUAUUUAAUUUUUUAUUUUCAUAUAAAAUAAGGCCA